CUGAUGUGAGAAAACAAAGAGAGACUGUGAGUUCUUCACCUCCACACAAAAACUGAGAGAAAAAAAGUGAGAGAGAGAGAGAGAGAGAGAUUUUGGUGACUGCUUAUUUUCUGAUUGUUUUAUAAUUUGAAUUUGUUAAUCUCCCCCUUCUGUUACUCCCCGCUUCUCUGAAUCCCUUUCUGUUAAUCAUCUGUCUUUCGAGUUCUGAUUUUUUGGGUUUGUUUUUGAGAUUUAACAAAAAGAAAGAGUAGAAAGCAAACUUAAAGAAGGAUUUCUAGAAAGCCAGGUGUUUUCAGAAACGAGAUCCAGGUUUCUAAAUAUUUUUCUUUUUUGAUUUUUUUUUUUUUGGUUCUUAGUUGAAUCAGCUUGAAGGGUUGUUUUUUGGUCCCUUGAAGUUGUUUUUUAGGUUUUUGAAUCAAAAAGGGUGUGUAUUUCUAAUCCUCUUUGAUCUUUGUUUUAGCAAAAACCUGUUAUUAUAAAUUUGGUCGAGCAACAGGUUCUUUUUAUUUUUACUUUAUUUUGUUUAAUUUUGAAUUUUUAGUUGAAAAUUUAUAGCUUCAGAGGAAAACAUGGCAACUACAAUGGAUUUCUACAGUAGUAGACAUGUUCAGUCUGACCUCUUUGGAGGUGAGCUAAUGGAAGCACUUGAACCUUUUAUGAAAAGUGCUACUUCUUCAACUAUACCUUCUCCCUCUGCAACACCUUCUAUUUCUUCUUCUUCUUUGCCUCCUCUUCCUUCUACAUCUUAUAAUUAUCUUUCUUUCUCUCCUUCUCCUUCUUCCUCUCCUUUAGUUUCUUUUCCUCAACAGAACCUAUCCUUUUUGUACUCAGAUGGUUGCUCCACAUCGACUGCCCUUCCAUUUUCAAAUGGGUUCUCGAUCCAUGACCCCAACCGUCUUCAGCAACCUACUAGUUCAAUCGGGCUUAAUCAUCUUACUCCAACCCAGAUCCACCAGAUCCAGACCCAAAUCCAUUACCAGAAUCAAAAUGGAUUCAAUUUCCAGAAUUUCCACACCCAAAACCAACAUGGCCUUAACUUUUUAGGUCCGAAACCCGUGCCCAUGAAGCAGGUGGGUUCACCACCAAAACCCACUAAGCUCUACAGAGGAGUAAGGCAGCGACAUUGGGGCAAAUGGGUUGCCGAGAUCCGACUACCCAAGAACCGUACACGACUCUGGCUUGGUACUUUUGACACAGCAGAAGAAGCCGCUUUAGCUUAUGACAAAGCGGCGUACAAACUCCGUGGCGACUUCGCGAGACUUAACUUCCCUAACCUCCGCCACCAAGGGUCCCACAUUGAAGGCAGCUUCGGCGAGUAUAAGCCUCUCCAUUCCUCGGUCGAUGCGAAACUGCAAGCUAUUUGUCAAAGCUUAGCAGAAUCGCAGAAACAAGGAGGAAAAGCAGAGAAGCAAUCAAACUCGUCAGCGAAAAAGAAGACUUCGGUGGGGACUACUCCAGCGACGGCGGAGAAGGUUAAGGAAGCUAAGGCACCGCAACAGGUUGUUCCGGACAAGUGUUGCAAGGUCGAGACACCAUCGUCAGUGUUGACAGAAAGUGAAGCCUCUGGCGGAUCUUCACCGUUGUCGGAUCUUACGUUUCCGGAUCUAGAAGAGGCACCAUUGGAUGUUGAUUCUGGAAAUUUUAAUUUGGAGAAGUACCCAUCUUAUGAAAUUGAUUGGGCUUCUCUUUUAUCUUCUUAGAUUUGGUUAUGUUAUGUUAUUUAUCUUUUAUCUUUAUUUUGCAGUUAUGUUUAGUUCUUAGGCGUGUGGUUGCUGCAAUGGAGUUUUUGGCAGUUGCAGAGCCAAAGGUUGUAGUGGUCUUUUCAAGUGUUGUACUAUUAGGUAAAUAAUGUUGAUAUGAUGUAAAUCUAGGACCAUGGUUAGCUGGUUUUUUUGUUCUUGCCUAACCAUGGUUAAUUUGUACCAGUUGUUAUUGGUGUCCAUAGUAGUCAAUUAGUCAUGUAAUUGUAUUCUAUUAUUGUUAGUAAUUACUAUUUCUUUUCAUAUUUUUUAUUUUUGA